UUCGUUCGGCGUUCGUUUAACCCUUUCGCGGAAAACCGUUGCCAGUUGCCUGUUGUUUGCAGACUCUUUAGGGUCACAGGUUAGGGUGGGUCGAGUUUUAGUUGUACUGUAGGUGUGCAUCUGCAGAUUGCUGUCGCGUUGCUUUGUUCCGUUCUCUCGCGGUUCGAAACAUUGGUAUGCAGCAUAAGGUUUGAGAUGGACUCAAGCCUUUCAUGUUUCACUGAGAAUUUUUAUUUUUGUACCUCCUAUCUUAACUGAGAUGUCAAAGAGAAAAAGGAAUGUGGCCUUUCUGAAACCGGACGAACCAGCUUUUAUAACGCGCAUGAAAGCAGCAGCAGGAUACAAAGAGGGUCCAACAGUUGACACCAAAAGGGAAGCCUUGUCGUUUGAUGAAGACGGGGAUGACUAUGAUGACGAAGAACCUCAAGUGGUCGUGCUGAAGGAGGGAGAUCUUACUGCGGAAGAAGCCUCCAAAGCUAAAGUCGAGAAGGAAGAAGGUCCUGCAGAUCUUACUCAAAGAGUGGUCUUUAAGAAACCAGACAAAGCCAAAAAAACAGAAUCGUCAGAAACUCCUAACAUCGAUUCUUCAAGCCUCAAGAAGAGCUCUGACAAAGAAGACACCAAAACUAGUUCUAAGAAAAAACUUAAAGCCAAAAGUGUUCUUUCAUUUACCGUUGAUGAUGAAGAAGAUUCUUGAACUUUUCUCUCUAGCUCAUGUAAAUUGAUAAA